UGCGCGUCAUCAAUAAUCGCCAGUGUGACCAUCAUUUCCCAACAUGGCACCUUGACGUUCAAAUCUUAAGGGCUCGACUUCACUGAUAGUCUGGACGUUUUACCGAUAUAACUGUCUUAACUCUUCACAAUCUUUAAGUCAUGCCUCGGUAUGAGCUUGCCCUCAUUCUGAAGGCCAUGCAGAGGCCAGAAACCGCAGCCACUAUACGGCGCACUGUGGAGACCUUGAUGGAGCGGGGCGCUAUUGUGAGAGGUUUGGAGAACCUAGGAGAGAGACGGCUCCCGUACAAGAUAUCGAAACACAACGAACGACACACGCGUGGUGGCUACUUUCUUAUAGAUUUCCACGCUGCUCCCAGUAUUCUUACGGGCCUGCUGGAUCAUCUAGAUCGGGACGUUGACGUGGUGAGGCCAACGGUCUUGAAGACGGACCAAGUGCAACCCAGAGGACCCUGCUGCGCGGUCGAGGUGGCUUCAAAACCCCAGGUCACACGGCAAAAAUAAACUGAAGGUGUUGGAUGUCAACAGUUCUUUGUAGUUGCCUAGUGGAAACCAUUUCAACUGUCUUGACAACUCCUUUGUAUUGAAAGGGAGUGUGUUGAUUUUCGGACACCAAACAGAAGAUGGGACAGUUCAAUCACUUCCUAAAUCUCUUUUGCAUAGGCCUACAUGGUAGACAUUCAUACUUGGAGCAUUUAUUUCAUCAUACAACAGUGUAUUUAGCACAAUUUGUGUGUUGUGUGCUUUAAAUAGUAAUUAAAUUACUCUUCAU